AUGAAACUCCUCUACCCAACCUCCCUCUACCUCGACACAAAGUCACUGGAAGGCUUCUCCGUCGAAUUGCACCCCUACGAUGUCACACUCCCAAUCCCCGAAUCCCUAAUCGACGCAGAGUUCCUCGUAACAUGGAGCAACAAAGCUACGAAUCUGCGCGACGCAGCCUCCCGCAUGAAGAACCUCCGCUGGAUCCAGUCGCUAGCAGCCGGUCCAAAUGACGUCCUCGCUGCGGGCUUUGACGCUUCCCGCGUCGCUAUCACAACUGGCUCCGGCCUGCACGACGAAACAGUCGCAGAACAUACCCUCGGCAUGCUACUCAACGCUGCCCGUCGCUUCUAUGAAAUGCGCGAUUUCCAGUCCCGCGGCGAGUGGCCCGCCCAUCUGGGCGGCGCCCAGCCUGAUCGCGCCCCAGGCACUUUCCGUACCCUCAAGGGUGCCAAUGUUACUAUCUGGGGUUUUGGCAAUAUUGCCAAGACCCUUGCGCCCGUUUUGACUGCCCUCGGGGCUAAUGUUACCGGUGUUGCCCGGAGUGCGGGUGUGCGUCACGGGUUUGAGGUUGUCGCGGAGGAUCGCUUGCCAGAGAUUCUGCCCAAGACUGAUGCCCUUGUUAUGAUUCUACCUGGGUCAGCGAGUACCAAUGGUGCUCUUAGUGCUGAGCGCUUGGCGUUGCUGCCGAGCCACGCUUGGGUUGUUAAUGUUGGACGCGGGACUUCUGUUGAUGAGGAUGCACUGCUUGAUGCACUCGAGAAGGGCAGCAUUGGUGGUGCCGCGUUGGACGUUUUCUCGGCUGAGCCGCUGCCGAAGGAGUCGAAGCUUUAUGCUGCGCCUAAUCUCAUUCUAUCGCCUCAUGCUGCUGGUGGACGCCCACGUGAGGCUGAGGCGCUUAUUGCGUAUAACCUUAGACGGCUCCUUGCUGGACAGGAGCUGAAGAACAUCAUUUGA